AUGGCUUCCACAGCAGAAACCUCUCCCCUACUACCCCAGCACCAAAACUCGACCUCUAAUACGUCACCGCGAUCGAACCGGCCGCCGCGGUCCGUAACGUUCAACCCGCUGACGACAAUCAGCACCUACGGUGGAACGAACAACUCCGAUCCCACGUUUCGUCCGCUCCAGACCGGAUCUCCUCCUGUUCAGAAUAUCAAUGUACAAGGUGGCCAGCCUCGCCCGGGCGGGCAGCCGAUGCUUUCGGCCUUGAACAGCAAGCUCCGUCGUCGGAAUAGCCAUGGCGCUCCUUUCAACACCCUCCCUGUCAGCGCCGUCGCUGCAUCGAAAAUUGGGCCACAGCGAACCACCAAGAAGGCUCAGAAGCUCAAGCUCCUCCCGGAUCCCGUUACCGCGGAAGAGGAAGAAGGAUUCGAUGGAGAUUUCCCGCGCGAUGUGUAUUCGCAGAUCACUCGCAUCAAGGAACCUGCUGCCCGCAGUCAUGCGGCGCGACUAGGCAAGGCCGACCGCGAGCGCAUCCCCCGAGUUACUGCAUACUGCACGGCCAAUUCGUAUCGACUGGAAGGAGUAAUCAAAUUCCUCAAGUCCCGGGCCAAAACUCGCGGCGCCAACCCCAAGCUGUAUGACGAAUGCGUUUACUCGACAUUCGAUUACGAACAUGAAGAAAAACAGAAAAGCAGUCGGAUAUUUGGUUCUGGAAAUAAUGGGCAUCAUGAGCGGCGGCCCAGUGAACGUAGAUACUCCGACAGCGCGGUGGAGGUGGAAGACAACACCAAGGCUCGGCGGGAGGAUCUGAUCGACUUUCGGGAUGAGGCCGGCCAUGCGGUCGAUGUCGACGGCGACCGAGCAGUAUCGACAUCUCAGUCCGAAGAGACCCCGGACAUUGACACUACCAUCCACACGCCGGAAGUUUUCCUAUUCGACUACGGCACCGUGGUUAUAUGGGGAAUGACGCCCGCGCAUGAAUCCCGGUUUUUGUCGGAUAUUUCGAAAUUCGCGUCCUCUAUAUUAAGUCCCGACGACACGCAGAUCGAGAACUUCAAUUUUUACUAUGCACGCGAGUACCAGGCGCGCAUAUACAACGACUUCAUCUCGCUCCGGGACCCGCGCAACCACAUGAUUAAACUGGCAAUUUCGCAUGCCCUGGCUCAGUCCGUCAAAACCUCACUCUUCGAGGACCUGGUAUCCGAAACCAUCUCCGACACCGCGCCGUUGCCAGCUCAGAUCGCGCAAACAGGUAGUGUCAACCUCACGCGCCGACAGAUUAAUAUGCAAAUCGGGGAGUUGUUUAUCCUACGCAUCAACAUCCAUCUCCAGGGUUCGGUUCUUGACAGCCCGGAGCUUUUCUGGGCCGAGCCGCAACUGGAGCCUGUGUACCAGGCCGUCCGGAGUUACUUGGAGAUGGACCAGCGGGUUAGUUUGUUGACGGAACGCCUGGACGUCAUUGCGGAUCUCCUGGCCGUCCUCAAAGACCAGCUGACACACCGCCAUGGCGAAUAUCUUGAAUGGAUUGUGAUCGUUUUGAUUGCCGCGGAAAUUCUCGUCGCGGCGAUUAACAUCGUUGUUGACCUCUACGCCGGCGUGGACUAG